UUUUUCGGGCCCCUUUUUUGCUGUUAUUCCUUCACGAUGAACGUCGAAAUUGCGCCAAUUAGUAUAGACACAACGAAGACAUUAGCACGACUGUUCCCAUCGUCGCGCGAACAGAAGCACGACCACCUAGUCCCAAUUGAAGCAGGUGCUAAGCCCACCCAGCAUUUGCUCGACAAUUUUUUCGCUGCGGAUUUCCUGCCGCCGUGCCAACGUGCCCGCAACGGACAGAUGCCCUCUGCUGCAGCCGAGGACUCGUAUGGCGUGCGCUACGUUCACCACCUGGCAAGUCAGGCCAAAAAGGACGUUCACGCAUGUGCCGAAAGCAUCCGUAGUGAGCUGACCAAGGUCAAGUGGGAGCAGGAGUCCCUGGAGGCCAUACUAGCGGAUAGCAUCGCUGUCCAGCUAGCAGCCGAACACGAUGUGCAGAUGGAGAUAACAAGUAGCGACCUAAGCCACAGGUUCUGGGCGUCAAAGAUGCCAAACGGCCUGUGGCGGAUGAUCCACGGCCAUCUGUCCAGCAACAGCAAUAUAACCACCAACGACACCGAGCUGGCCGUCGAGAUUCUGUUCAUAUUCUCCAGCUGGAGCAUUGCCGACAAUGGCCGCGGGGCACCGAGUACCAGGGAGUCGCAGAGAGUCGGCUUGGCAAUGCAGCUGUUUUGCAAACACGCGUGGGCAGGUAAGCGCGGCAGCGAAAUGCAGAGAGUCAGGGUUGGGCAUAAGGCGCUGAUGCUGUUGGAGGUCACGUGGCGGCUCCUUGUCGGCGACGAGCACGAUGCCAAAAGGCGAAUUGCUGGAAAGCCGCGACGCAGUACUCGCCGUCGCAGCAGCAGCAGCAGCAGCAUCCAUGACAGCGCGCAGGGCGAAGACGAGAGCGAUGACGAAGAGACAGUGCGUGGGCUGCAGAAAACAGGACUGGCGCGCGACGCCCUGCGGCAGAUUGCCGAGUCUGUCGAAAAGUACCCCUUGCUGAAAGGAGAAGUCCAAGAGACAGUUGACAGCCUGCGCCUAUUUGUCCAUCCCUUUGAUGGCCACGGUACACGGACCGCGCAAUUGGGCAGGUUCGGCCCGAUGCGCAAAAAGACGCACGUACCACCAAUGCCACAGCAGCCGCUGCCAGUCGCCCAACAGCUGAACAACCUUCUGGACCAACCUGUGGGCGAUAUGCCGGAGCGCCAGCAGCACCAGCAGGAUAUGCCACCGAAUUUCUUUAUAGACCGCAAGCCGUGGUUUGCAGAGCCACCGAGAGCCGCUAGGGACGCCAUACGCACGUAUGUUGAGAGUGCGCGCAUGGAUCGCACUGAGCGCGAGUACGCAGAGUGGUGGAGACGGCUGAUACAUGAGCGUGGAAUGCCGCUAGGCCUGACGCUGAACACUGCCACAAGGAAGGGCACGACCAACGAUGUCACCAUCAACUACAAGUCUGGUGACCCUGCUGCCCGUCACCGCCGUAGCUCGUCACGAUCUGACAACCGGCUGCCCUCAGACCCGGGCGACGGCAGCUCACGUAAAAUGGACGUAUUUGAGUUCCGUGGUAUUAUUGAGACUGAGGACCUUCCUGCUCUCGAGCAGCAGCUGGAUGGACGUCAGUCUGAAGUCAAAUGGCCUGCACACACAGAGCCACCCGAGGCACAGGAUGCAUACGACGUAUUAUACAAGACUCUGUUCCCAUUGCUAGGCCACUUUUGUCGCGCCAUUAUCACCACCAUUGCCAACUGGGCGCCAACCGAGAAGGAGCUGCCGACCCGCCAGUUUCUGAUCAAUGUCGGACCGCCGCAGGUAUCCGAGCACACCUGCUUUGGCAUUGUGAAGUACCCGCGUAGCGAUAUUACUAAAGAAGCUCAUGGGAAGGCGGAUGAGAAGAGCGCAUCAGAGUCCAACAGCAGCGACAGCGGGAAUCCAGUCGCUAACGAGCGCAAGGUGCCUUCCGACACAGACAAGAAGAAGCCCGAUGCAGCUGAGCAGCCGUCAUCGAGAGAUGUGCCGGUGGAGCUAGCUGCCCGAUUGAUUGCGCAGUACGCACAGUGGCAGGCUGUCGGCUCGCUCAUGUUGAACAUCAGCACAAGCUUCCGUGCCAAUCACGCUUUGCAGGCAGACUACCUGUCGCAGCUCUUGAUGAACUGCAACUUGAUUCCGGCGCUGUUCUGGUGGAUUGGGACAGCCAACCUCGACAUCUGCGUCGACCUUCCUCUAUCAGUCAUCCAGCACACGUUCUCAGAGGCGUAUGAGGCUGCUAUGAGCGAGCAAGCGAUGGUGGACGAGCCAGACAUCGACGCUAUGAUGAUGGAGCUAGGCAGAGACUCGGGACCACCGAGCACUGUUGACAGCAUGGAUGAUGCUGAGGCGGCAACGACAAGGAGUACGAGGAGGUCUCUGGAGAAGGGAGCAGCGGGGUUUGGUUCGAGUUUCGGCGACGAUUCGGACACCGAAACUACUGUGUGGACGCCGGCUCUUCAGGGAAUCCAUUUGUGCAUGCGCUUCCUGCGGCUGACCACCUACCGCAACGGCCUGCGCCGUGGACUCCUGUACAAGAACAAAGCGCUGCAUUUCUACAACCGCCUGCUCAAAUUCCCGUCGCUGCCUGUCCGCCAGGUCGGCGCCGAGCUGUACCGCGACGUCAUGCAGGUGAUAUCGAAAAAGCAAAAGCAGGCGUACUUGAACAACAUCGCUGCUGUUUACAUGUAUGCGCCUGUGGCGUUGGCGGAUACGUUUUGGCUGGCAGAUUACUCGCUGGAUCCGCAUAUUGAGAUGCACAGGCAUGUCGAGCUGAUCAGGUUGUUGCAUUUCUACCAUAUGUCGGCAUUGACCCUGAAGCUGCCCGAUGACCCUUCGUUGUUCCCGUCGCUGAUGAGGCAGGCGCAGGAGCUAUCCACUGUGUUGCCAUCACCAGCCAGGGACAUAUCAAUCGAGAAGAUGCCGCUGGGCAGUAGUAGCAGCUGUGGAGGGGAGGUUGCUAAGGAGGAGUGGCUGCAGUGGGAGUCCGACUUGGAAGAGACAUUGGAGGAUGUGACUUUGCAAAUGUAGUACUAGUCUUGAUAUUGUGUUUUAUUUGUCUGCAUGUGGCUAUUGCUAAUACACUCCCAGUCCACGAGUACUCAAACAUAUUCUAUGCGAGCAUAGGAAGCUUGUUUUGAGUCAGAGCCCCAGCAUGUGCCUAACUACAUGAUCAUCAUACUUCAACACCGCUCUGGUGAAUAGAAGCACAGUUGUGCAAUAUCUUCAUAAGAAUAAUUGUGAAUGCCCGCAUUGCGACUUUACAUGUGAGAAUGGAGUUGAGAUCGCUCAGCACAUAACGGCGCAUCAUUCGUCAGGCACAUGGCUGGGUUUCCCAGAUGAAGAAUCGCGCAGGCAGGAGUGUGUCGACAAAGAAAGCGUAUCUUCAGAGAUAAUUAGGUG